AUGCUAUGUAUGCAACAGACAAUUCUCUACAUAUUUCUCUCUUAUGGUUGUGGACUGCCGAGCAGUCAAGCAUCACCAGGGGUCAUGCAACACAUUACCCAAUGGUUAUUUAUCGAGGAAGUUUUCUACAUGUUUGUCCACUUCACACUCAAGCAGGCAUUCCUCAUGUUUUACCUUCGCCUCUCGCCGAAACGAAGCUUCCAGCUCGCGGUAUACGGAACAAUGGUCAUGUGUACAUUGUUCCUCGUUGUUGAAUGGUUACUGGCAUUCUUGCAGGCCAGACCUCUGACAGCUAUGUUCCACCCCGAGGCCUAUCCGAAUGCGAAAUACCUCAGUCAAUACGUAGUGCAAAUGGUUCCAACGGCACUAAAUGCAAUCUCCGAUAUCAUAAUUCUCAUACUCCCUAUCCCCACUGUACUCAACCUCCAAAUGAGCACCAGACGAAAGGUAGCAGUUCUUGGGAUUAUUUGCUUCGGAUUAUUGUCCGUCGUCACAGCAUUGUGUCGAUUUGUCGUUCAAAAGCAGCUUAUCACCGAUCCCGAUACCUCCUACGUGAUGGGCCGUAUGGUCAUUGUUGCAGGCAUCGAAAUCCAAAUCGCCGUCAUUGCCGUUAACCUACCUGCGCUCCGGUCUCUUUUCACAAAAUUGGUAGGAAGCUCCCAUGACCCUACAAGUUAUGAUCAAAGAGGUGCCCACAAAUUGUCGAGCUUGAAGGGUGGAUCGAAGAAGUCACUGAAAGAGCACUUGGUCGAGCCGCACAAUUCGCAUGACGGCUUUGGCGCUACUUUGACUGGUUCAGAGGAGGAGCUCAUGCGACAACAGGGAGUUGAUAGUAGCAAAAAUAUUCGAGUGGUAACCAAUGUUGGUAUUACGUCGCAUAAGGCUGCAGGUGACAACUUCGAGGUGAAUAUUGGCUUUCCUGCGGCGACUAAUAGAAGUCAUAUUCACCCCUAA